GCGAAGAAGCCGGAGAAGAAGACAGAGCGAAGAAGUUUGAAGCCGGAAAGAAUGGGAGGUUUCAAGUGGUGUAGCGCCUCCAAUCCUCUUCCACCACCGAUGUCUCCGGAUUUUAGGGGGUGUCCUUUCUUCCCCAGCUGCUCUGAUCUCCUCCUCCUCCUCGCCGCCGUCACUGACUGCUGCAUUUCCCUCUCCAAAUCCCUUUUCCCCCAAUUUUUCUUUGUCUGUCUAUUUUCAUUUAUUUUAUUGUCCCAAAUUGGCAAAAUCAGUCAUUCAAUCACUGCACAAACCCCCACCUCGCUCUCACUCUGACGUCAAUGGGGAAUGAGUAGUAAUACUAAUACGCUGUUGUUGCCGUCUCCUAUCCGUUGUUUUCAUAGUUGUGCAGACAUCAUUUUCGUGUCAUCGGAAGAGGAUGAUCGUAAUGAUGAUGACUAGUAAGGGGAGGAAUCUGAUUUAUGCGGUUGUCCUAAUCGUGAGCUCAUUCACCCUUCCAUUGGUCCUCUCCAAAACAAAUUCUAAACAUGUUGCUGCUCUCAAUGUGAUGUACCAGGGCUUGGAUUCUUCAUCCAGAGGGAACCUGGAUGGAUGGACAGCAAAUGGUGGAGAUCCUUGUGGGGAUUCUUGGAGGGGUAUUACUUGCUCAGACUCGGACAUAACUGAAAUUAAUCUAUCUGGCAUGGAGCUCAAGGGAUCGUUGGGCUAUGCGCUUGAUAAGUUGGACACAGUCACCUACUUUGAUGUGAGCAAAAACAAGCUGAAGGACAAUGUACCAUAUCAACUUCCUCCCAAGUUGCAGCACUUAGAUCUCUCAAGCAAUAAAUUUUCAGGAACUGUGCCUUAUUCAAUUUCUCAGAUGCCUGAUCUCACUUACUUACAUCUCAAUAAUAAUAAGCUGAGUGGAUCUCUGAGUGACAUGUUUCAACAACUUACCAAACUUUCUGAGAUGGAUCUCUCCGACAACUCAUUGUCAGGCAGUUUGCCGCAGAGUAUGAAGUCCCUCUCUAGCCUCAACGUAUUGUAUUUACAGGACAACAAACUUACUGGGCCAAUAAAUGUUCUUGCUGAUCUGCCACUUAAUGAUUUGAAUGUUGAAAACAACCAAUUUACAGGCUGGGUUCCUGAUGAGUUGAAAGGCAUUAAUAAUAUACAGACUGGAGGGAAUUCUUGGUCUACUGGACCAGCUCCUCCUCCACCUCCUGGGCAGAAGCCGAAAAAGAGAGUGGAGAAUGAGAAGUCUGGCAUGAGUGGAGUGGCAAUUGCCGGGAUAGUAUUUGGUGUUUUGCUGCUACUUCUCAUUAUAAUUGCUCUAUUUUCUAAAAGAAGAUCAUCAACUUCAACGCAUUAUUUUGAAGACGAUAAGCUUAGCCCACCGAGGCACACUUCUCCACUUCAAUCUCAGGAGGUAUCGAUUGACAUGUACACUGAUACACACAAGGGCUUUAGAGAUGCUAGGCUCUCAGAUUCUUCAUCCACAGUCUCAGUAAAAGCUCCGCAGCCUCAGUAUUCAGGUGGUACCAAACCUUUCAAAGAGAAGGAAUCACCUUCAGAUCAUCACAAGCCUUUGAACGAUAAGGAAUACACUAACCUGUCGAACAUUGAAACGGGUGGUUCAAUUCAAGUUGCUUAUUAUUCUUUGGCAGAUUUGCAGAGUGCGACCAGUAACUUUGCAACUGGUCGUUUUCUUGGAGAGGGAUCAAUUGGUAGAGUAUACAAGGCAAAGUAUCCAGAUGGGAGGGUUCUGGCAGUUAAGAAGAUAGACUCUUCACAUUUCAAAGGCAACUGGGCUGCAGAUUUUUCAGAAAUUGUUGCAAACCUCUCUAAGCUUCGGCACUCAAAUAUUGCUGAAAUUUUUGGUUAUUGUUCAGAACAAGGACAAAAUAUGUUGGUCCAUGACUAUUUCAGGAAUGGUUCACUUCAUGACUUCCUUCACUUGUCAGACGACUUCAGCAACCCACUUACAUGGAACACAAGAGUUAGAAUUGCUUUAGGCACAGCACGUGCUGUUGAGUUCCUGCAUGAGGUUUGUUCACCUUCCUGCAUACACAAGAACAUAAAGUCAUCCAAUAUUUUGCUUGACACUGAACUAAAUCCUCAUCUCUCUGACUGUGGCUUGUCAAACUUUUACGAGCAAUCAGGCCAAAAUCUGGGAGCUGGAUAUGAGCCUCCUGAAUGCACAAAUCCUUCAUCAUACACAACGAAGAGUGACAUCUAUAGUUUUGGGGUUGUCAUGUUAGAGUUGUUGACAGGACGACAACCUUUUGACAGUUCAAAGCCAAGACCAGAACAGUUUCUGGCGAGAUGGGCAUCCCCGCAACUUCAUGACAUUGAUGCCCUGGAGAAAAUGGUUGAUCCUGCACUACGCGGCCUAUAUCCUCCCAAGUCCAUCUCUCGAUUUGCUGAUAUUAUCGCCCUCUGCGUUCAGCUGGAGCCUGAGUUCCGACCGCCAAUGUCUGAAGUGGUGGAGGCACUAGUCCGAUUAGUUCAGAGGGGCAAUAUGAGCCAAAGGGAGGAUCCUAAUGCUUCUCGUAGAACGGAUGGCUAUGAUUUCUGAGUGUUUUUUGUUUUCCCUUUUUCUUUUUUCUGUCAGGAUACACUUCCCAGACAUGAAGAGAACUCCUUACACAAUUUUUGUAGCACAGGAUUUGCAGUUUUGUUCAUUCAAUUUCAUGUGGGCUUAGAUCUGUUAUGCUUCAUUGUUUCAAUUACUGCUUCUGGCUUUAGGAGAAAGAGUAUGUGAGGACUAUAGGUCUAUAGUGCAUCGUUUUGUAUAAUUGUAUUUUCUCUCAUAAUAUGAUGACUACAUUACAACAUUUCAAA